AUGAAUGACACAAGACACCAGUCGCUGUUCUUCGUCAGUCUGCCUGAGUUACAAAAACUCUGUGCCGUUAAAGUUACACUGAGUACUACACUGGCAGAAAAUGAGAUUAGGAAUACACAGAUGAAGAUUUGCAGGCAAUUGUUAUUUCUUCAUCAAGACAUCCUUUCCUCACCUGUCCCUGGAACACUGAAUCAAAUUUCAGUUGUAAUGGCGAUAUCUUUUUACAAAACUGGAAAAUGUCAGGCUUAUGUAGAGAAACAUGGAGCUACAAUUGAGGCUCCAGAGAGAGUUGGCCCAGCCAACCUUCAACCAUGUCUCUGUUACACACUUAUAACCCGACUUGCCCCCAGCUGGAAUAAGGCUGGUCAUCUGUUGGUACAAGGAAGCAAUUUUUUGUCUCAUAUGGGAAGGCAAAAUGCUGUUGUCAUGGACCUCAAUGUAUCAGAGACCCAACUUUGCAUCAGUGUAGAGGCUUGCACAAUUCGACUACCGCCACCCAAGCUGGAAGACUUUGACAUUUCAGCCAACAUCUUAGAAAUAUUUGACAACAAUAAAAAUACAGUCAUUCAGAGACACUCCAUUUUAAGUAACUGGUGCUAUGUCUUGCCAAGCAUGAAAAUGGGUCAGAUCAUAAGUAUUAGCCAUAUAAUUCCACCAGAGUCUCCUUUUCAUUCAUACAAAGACUUUCAGAUGCACUGGAAGAAUCUGUAUGGGUAUAUCCUUCCAGAGGAUCGUGGAGAGACAAAAAUAUAUUGCAGUGUUUACUUCAAACUGAUAGGGGAACGGCUCUUUACAUAUCCUUUAUAUAUAUUUUCUUUUGUGUACCCUUUAAGUUGCAUAAGAAGUCAACCAGUCCAAUAUUUUAAUAGAAUAGAUUUAGAAGGUGUAUUAAACUCUUUUCUUUCUGACCUAAAGUCUAAACUUCCUCAUCUAUGUGGAUUUCCAGUAAAAAUGACAAGUAAAGCAUUGUAUGCCACAAAAGAACUCAUCAAACAUCCCAUGCAUGUAAGAAGUAUUAUGUUUAUAUUAAUAUUUAUAUUGAUGGGCAUAGUGUUGUUCAUGAUAUGUGCUCUUUCCCAUGUGAAUUUUCAGAACACUGCAAGAUUGAAUCAGUAUGGCAACAGCUGUGUGUUACAGGAAGUAAAUGCCAAGCCUGCAAAUCUGACUGGCAAACCAAUAUGCAAGGUAUCUCUGACUCAAGCACCUCCAAGGAGAGAGACUUUGCCGCAGACUUCUUCAAAAGGCAGUUCAAGAAUUAGCCACAGGAUGGAGCUUUUGAUCAAUCAGCCAAAACAAUGUAUUUUCUCAAAUCUCAUUCCGUGUCCAGAGGAUUCUGUUGCUGAGGCCAUGAAGAAAACAGUGCAUAGUAGACAGCAGCAGCAGACUCCAGGAGCAUCAGGAGUACCAGGUCACUCAAAUGAAUCCUUAAGAAUGUCUAAGAAUUCAUCUGUGGAUUCUCAAAGGAACAAUGCCACUAGAAUUAUACCUAUUUUCAAAGGCAAGUUGUUGCAAAUGGAUAUAAAGGCCACAAGAGCCAAUGAAGGAAAGAAAAAAGUGAGUGUUUUACAGCAUUCUCCAAAAGUAGUUAGAGAUGUCACCAUGUCUAAAUUAACUGUAUGCAACCCCAGUGUAAAUCAGGUAUACAAACCUGUCCAAAUUGUGUCAUUCAAAAAUCUUACUAAUGGCACUGUUGCUCAGAGAAUGACUGGGAAAACAAGUGUAAAAAGUGGUAGACCUAUAUGUGACCAGAAAAAAGAAACUAGUAAGCAACUGACAAAUUCUGCUUUUUCUAAUAGCCCAUCCUUAGAUAGGAAUUCAAGUAGAGGCAAACCUGAGAAGAUAAAUUAUUCUUCAUUAUCUGCUAAUGACAAAUCAGUGCUUCAGAUAUCAAAUGCCAAUCUAGGUUUGAAAAAACCUGCACUACUCAGUUCUACUACAAAAAAGGGGGGAAAGUUAUCAAAUCAAAACACCACUAAAAUACUUGGGGCAAGUCACAGUUCAAAGAAGGUACAUAUACAGAUUUCUGAGUCAGACAAAGAAAUUGCGAACACGAGCAUAUCACAGCAUCAAACAAAGAGCCCAACUGAAGGAGCAGGGUUAAAUAUUCUCAGAUUGGUUUUAAACAGUACAGUGCACAGAGCCAAAAGAGAAGAAUAUCAACAAUCAUUAAUACCAUCAAAGGAGUAUAUCACCAAGACAACCAAUCACCAUUCACAAGUCAACUAUGAGCAGGUGUUGACAGUGAAUGAUCCCUUGCACUGUGAAGUAGUGACCUCAAAACAGAUUUACUCAAAGAUGGAGACCCAUUUGAAAACAACUUCAAAGAAAAGUUGUGGCAAAAGAAGGCAGCAGGAAGAAGGAGGAGGUUAUUCAAAGUCAAAGAAAUCCAGAACAAGUAAGCCUGCUAUCUAGAAUGUGGAUGUAAAGGAGCAUAGAAAGAAAAAUCAGGCACAGGACAGAACAGAUGUCAUUGUUGGCAUUUGUCUCAUCGUGUGGAGAGGAACUUUUCUGCCAGAACCAUAAGGAAGUUUGUUUGUUUGUUUGUUUGUUUGUUUCCAUGUUUCUUUUCCACCUCAUUUUUUUUCUUUUUUAAUGAUAAAGAGUCAUCAGCAUAGUUUCAAUUUAUCUAUGCCAGUUCCCAAAGGUAAUUGGGCACUUGAACAGAAUCUGACUUACACACAAAUUAAAAAAACUAGGGCCCAAGUAAGUCCACAGAACUGGAAGUGAAAUCACAUUUGUGACUGCUGAACAUUAGAAUGCAAAAGCACUUUUCAGAUACUGCAGAACAGUCAUCCCUACACAGUUCUGACUACAUUUCUGCAGUGAAACAAUUAAACAAGAUGGGCUGCAGAGCGGUUACAUUUCCUUUCUGCUAAAUUAUCAGUUAUUGUUAUAUCUGACUUAGUUGCUGGGAGAUCUUACCCCAUAAAUGUUCUUUGUCUCCAUUCACUUACAUUCCAACUGAUUGCCUUAGAGGUUAUUUUGAAUUGUUUUUAUAUUUUAAAAAGUGCAUGUUCUCAUUUUGUGCGUUCUAUUAUGUUACUCUAAAUCCAGAAAAAUAAAAGUUAUUGU